AUGGAAUCUAAAGAGUCAAACGUCCUCCGAAAGUUAAAUGAGCACCCAGAAAAUAUUCGGAACUUCUGCAUGCUAGCCCAUGUAGACCAUGGCAAAACAACUCUAAGUGACUAUCUAGUGGCAAGUAAUGGUAUCCUGUCCCAACAACUAGCGGGAGAGGUCCGGCUGCUCGACUCCAGGCCGGAUGAACAAGAGCGUCGGAUUACCAUGAAGGCCAGUUCCAUCGCCCUAUAUCACAUGCACCAAGGCGUGCGCCACGUUCUGAACCUUGUGGACUCGCCAGGACAUAUUGACUUUUCCUGUGAAGUGUCAACAGCGAUGCGUUUGUGUGAUGGCGCGAUGAUUAUCGUGGACGUGAUUGAUGGGGUCACCCAACAAACAUCGGCCAUACUGCGCCACAGUUAUGACGAGGGGCUAUCGAUGUGUCUGGUACUGAACAAAAUAGACCUGCUUAUCACCGCACAGCAGUGUUCUGCAGAGGAAGCCUACACGAGCAUGCGUUCCAUUAUUGAAACCUGCAAUGCCAUACUAGCUGCACAUGCUAAUCAAAUGAAAAUUCAGGGGUUGGAACACGAUAUGGAACGAGAUGACCCUAGCGACGAUGUUUGGUUUGAUCCUGUGAAAGGCAACGUGCUUUUCUGUAGUGGCCACGAUGGUUGGUGCUUUGGGGUGGAGACUUUUCUCAACCUUUACAAGGGAAAGAUACCAACCCAGAACCUGAGAGAGGUGUUAUGGGGUGAGCACUACUUGGAUGUCAAGAAUAAGACAGUUAGUACAACAGCUACAAAAAAUGGUCAACAACCUCUGGCGGUGCAGUUGAUGUUCGAGCCUAUCUGGCAGCUAUACACAGCCUUUCUCUUUAGCGAAGAUGAGAGCCGGCGGCAGAAGAUGUCAAGCAAACUAAAUGUUGAUGAGAACGUUUGGAACAACCCACGCAGUGAUGCACAUGGCAAGCUCAAGGCCCUCUUGAGUUACUGGAUGCCUCUGGCGAGAGGAAUGUUGGACACCGUGUGCCAGCAAAUGGAUAGUCCCGUAAAAGCACAACGUAAGCAGAUUCCUGCACUCAUUAAAAACUUAGAGAAGGCUCCGAGCGACUUAAGAGAUGCACUGCUUAACUGCGACCCAUCGCCGGAUGGACCUUCUGUUGCGUAUAUCUGUAAGCUCAUUGAUACCCGACACCUUGUGGGUCGCGUCAUUGGGGCACUGGAAGAUGAAGACGAUGCCUUCAUUGGUUUUGCGCGAGUUUACUGCGGUAGGCUGCGCACCAAUGAUAAAGUGUUUCUACACAGUGACAACAAAGUGGUGGAAUCAAAAGUUUCAAAGAUUUUUAUGUUCCGUGGUGUAGGUCUGGAGGAAGCGGCAGAAGUCGGAGCAGGUCUAUUGUGCGGGAUCGGUGGUCUUACACCACUCAUUACAAAAUAUGCUACCGUCUGCACAGUGCCCUAUGUGGCACCUUUCAAACCGCUUAUACUGCCAAGCACAUCAAUUGUUCGUCUCUCUGUUUUCCCGAAGGAUCCGAAAAAAUUACAGCAUCUCGAAAAUGGAAUGCGGCUCCUAUACAAAGUUGAUCCGCAGGUCGAGGUCAGCGUGUUGCCGACUGGAGAACAUGUCAUUGGGACUGCUGGCACUGUACAUGCAGAGCGAUGCAUUAGGGACUUAGUCGAUACCUUUGCCCAAGUUGAGGUCACUGCAUCCGAGCCGUUAGUCUCUUUUCGGGAAUCCAUCAUUGGCAACCUCAAUGCGAAGCCGAAGCUCCACACAGGUACCGUCUCUAACGAUGCAUUUUCUAUUACACUUCACGCCCGCUGUAUGCCACAGGAGGUGCUCGAUAUCAUUAGUGAUGAUGAGAAGAACAACAGUAAUAACACCGAUGUCGUAAAACGGGUGGAGGCUGUCCUCCGUAGUCACAAGCGCUACGUCAAUGAGAUGAAGAUCGGUCUGAUUUCACACGGUCCUAUUAAAUUUGGAUUUUUAGGUGUCAUGUUGUUGACCGACUUCGAAAAUGCAAAAGAUGCGGCAGCAUCACAGAAGAUUCUGAACGAGUUGAAGGAGUCCAUUGUGGCGGGAUUCCAAGCCGCAGCGGAGAGCGGCCCAAUGGCCCAGGAGCCCCUGUAUGGGUUGGCUUUCGUCAUCACCGACCUCUCUAUUGACGUGACCGCCAGCCUUUCAGGUGGGAUGGUCUUGCCAUGUGUGCGGGAAGCCUGUCGUGCCGCCAUGGAGCAGCAUCAGUGCCGUUUAGUUGAGCCUGUCUAUGAGUGCACCGUGUAUUCUUCAGGUGCCACACAUGGAAAAAUUUACUCCUCGCUUAGUCGCCGCCGGUCGGAAAUCAUCGAAGAGGUGCACAAUGAAGGCAGUGACCUUUUUUACAUAAGCUGUUGGUUGCCUGCAGUUGAGGCCUUUGGCUUGCAGGAUGAACUCCGAGUGCUCACGCAAGGCGCCUCUACGGCGCAGCUACGCAUAGAUCACUGGGCUUACAUUGAAGCAGAUCCCUUCUUUGUGCCUACCACAAAGGAAGAGUUAGAAGAACACGGCACGGAAGUGUCUACCAAAAAUGUGUCUGCACAAUUAUUAGAACGUAUAAGGCGUCGUAAGGGCCUUUUCCGUGAGCGCACGGUUGAAAGCGCCGAGAAACAAAAAUUUUCUCUUAAGGCUGCUUGA